AUGAAAAGAGUCGCCUUAACAGCCCAAAGGGGCGCCCGGCCAAAGGUCUCGAUCUGUCAAUUGUGUCAAUUCUCGACUUCUGUCCGUCGCGGUCUCACUCUCGAGCGACCAACUCCCGAAAGUCGAUCCCAGGCCUCCGAUCUCCGCCUACAGGAGUCGAAGCGCAGUAGCCGGUUGACUUUGAACUCUCCCUUACUCAAUGCGCGCCGAUAUGCUUCCGCUUCAGCCCAGACGAACCCAAAGGUGGCAAUUAAAGAGAUCGCGCAGGAUGCAUCUGCCGUGCACAAAUCGGACGCCGUGCCUGCCAACGAGGUAGUGUUAGAAUUGCUACAAAGAUGCCAGCGAGUUGCCGAAUCCCUGGUCUCGCCAUCGUAUCAAAGCGAGGGGCCAUCAACCGGCAAGGGCAAUGCGAUCUCUUCCCUACUGGACCUGGAGGAGAAGCAAAACGCCGCAAAGAGCAAAGGUCAGGCACAGUCCUCACAACAGCCUGACCCACAACUCGCAGAGUCGCUCUCACAGAUCGCCAAUGCACUUCUGAAGGAUGAGAAGGUCUUCAUUUCACCCGAAGCCCUGGAGUGCUACACCGAGACACAGACCCUCCUACGCCGGGCCGAGCACUUCCCGGAGAUCUUCCACCUCUACGCCAACAAACCCGUACCAGAGGAGAAAAGCUCCCCAGUGAAGUUCAUCAAAGCCAACCCGAAGAGCGUCAACAGCGCCAUACCCGCCGAGCUAGCCAACAAGGCCCUGGAAGUUGCCAUCGCGCAGAAAAACCUGUCGCUAGUAUUAGCCAUCAUCGACAACACCUUCUGCGCACCGGCCUUCCACCGCGCAAAGGUCUUCAAAAAAGCAGGUGUCCCACUGGCCGGUCUGGCUGCUGCCCCUGCUGCAUGCUACGCCGUGGCAUCGUGGGCAGCCACAUUCCAAAACACAAUGGAUCCAAAUGUCGCGACUGGAAUCGCGUUCGCUGCGACGCUUGCUUAUGUCGGUGGUACUUCGUCCAUGGGUAUCUUGGCCAUUACCACGGCUAAUGAUCAGAUGGAGCGUGUUGUAUGGAUCCCUGGUAUCCCUCUGCGUCAACGGUGGUUGCGUGAGGAGGAACGCGCUGCUAUGGAUAGAGUUGCUGUUGCGUGGGGUUUCAAGGACCCUUAUAUGCGUGGUGAAGAGGUCGGUGAGGAGUGGGAGAGUCUGCGUGAGUUUAUUGGUAUGCGAGGCAUGAUUCUGGAUAAGACGGAACUCAUGCAGGGUAUGGAGUGA